CAGCCUUUCCCGGUAGUCCCACCCUCUUUUCAUAGAGCUGGAACGCCUAGACAAGCCUAGAAUCAGCUUCUAAUUGAAAUGAGAAAAUAUUACAAGUAUACAAACACUUACAACGAUGUUUAACUUGAUCGCUUGACCUCUUAAAGUAUCCUUCUUUGUGGUUUCUGGGCAUUUAAGACAAAGUAAGACUCACGGAAUUGAUUUGUGUAUUGUAUUUCUACGCUCGAAGCUGCAUGUGCGUGUUUGUGGCUGCUGGGAAAUCAGAAAGGUCUCUGCUCUCCUCUUGCUGGCUGGCCACAAAACUGUUUGUUUGGAUCCUCGGAACCGCUGGAGAAAUGUCCUCCAUCGUUCCCGACCAGAAGAGCAGCGGGCUGGAGCCUGAGACGAGAGUCCUGCAGCCGCAGACUGUCUUCGUCAUCCUGGACGCGACUGAAAGUCUUAAUGUGAUGCAGGUGGAGUCCGGCAUCGUGGCCGACAUCGAGGUGGAUGCUCUGCUGCCAUCCGACUGCGAUGCCUUCUACCAGAUCAAGAGCCAGCCCAUCGGCACGAGUGGUUCGUCCAGCGCCUGUUCUUCCUCAUCUUCACCAUCCUCCGUGUCAGCGGCCAUGUCGUCCAGGAUUCUGCUGCGUCAGGAUCUGAUGCGUCAGCAGGCGCUGCAAGAAGAGCAGAAGGAAGCGCAGCAGCUCCUGCGUCUGCCUGCCUCCUCCUCCCCUGUCUGUGUCAACGUGUCCUCCAGUGGACCUCCUGCUCAGGUGCCCGUGGAGGUGCUGAAGGUGCAGACCCACCUGGAGAACCCCACCAGGUACCACAUCCAGCAGGCACAGAAGCAGCAAGUCCGACAGUACCUCUCCUCCGCCAACCGCAACACUUCUACACACUUACUAGGCACGGCCCCCCAGCUUAGCCCCACUCCCAAUGGCUGCCAUACGCUCAGCAGCCCCAAAGUGGAGAUGGAAGAGACGGUCAUUGAUGACAUCAUCAGCUUGGAAUCCAGCCUCAAUGACGACUUCCUGACGCUGCUCCACUCGCCACAGCAGCUUGCUACCACGCUGCCGGCGGCGGGAAACUUGCUGGACGUCUACGGGGACAGUGCCGGCAUGGCUAAGCCUACCGUUGCUGUUAGUAACAGCUGCCCAGCCGACUUGCUCACCGUCAAGCAAGAGCCUAACGAAGUGGACACAAAGGUGCUGAUGAAGGAGCGACAGAAGAAGGACAAUCACAACCUGAUUGAGAGGCGAAGACGCUUCAACAUCAACGACCGCAUCAAAGAACUGGGAGCGCUCGUCCCCAAAUCGCCCGACCCGGACGCCAGGUGGAACAAAGGAAGCAUCCUGAAGGCGUCGGUGGAUUACAUCCGGAAACUUCAGAAGGAACAACAACGAGCGCGCAACAUGGAACAAAGACAAAAACAGAUGGAACACGCCAACAGGACCUUGAUGCUCAGGAUACAAGAGUUGGAGCUUCAGGCCCGCCUCCACGGCGUUCCCUCUUCUUCUGUGGAUGGCACCAUGAGCGACCCGCAGACCUUUCUGUCUUUGUCCAGCAGCGCUGCCUUGCCACAGUCUUCAGACUCGUGUAGCUUGGCUGAGCUCAGCGAGCCUCACGACCCCACCGACAUCUUUUCUUCGGACCUGAUGAGCGACGUCGGGCUGAUGGCGCUUGAUGACCUCGGAGACAUGCUGGUGGAGGACGCCGGUGGCGUGAUGUCGCCCGCAGGCGGCGCCGAUCCCAUGCUGUCCUGUGGAGCGUCACGUUGCAGCAGCAGGAGAAGCAGCUUCAGCAUGGACGAUGACCUCUGACCAAUAUCUAAAACAACCUGUCUGUCACCAUGGUAAUGUAUCGUCACCAUGGCAACCUCGCUAUUACCCUCAGUCGCCAUGGUAACCUCGUCUUUCCCUUUUGUCAGCAUUGUAACCUUGUCUUCCCCCUCAGCCACCAUGAAAACUGCAGCAUCACCCACUGUCGUCAUGGUAAUUGUGUCAUCCCUUUGUUGCCAUGGUAACCUUAAAUACCAAGUCUUAAAUAGACUUAAGAGGAAAAAUUCGCAAACAAAAUGUGAUGUGAAAAAAGUGACGUAAGAAGUCUAUUCAACUCUUAAAUGAUGUUUAGCAGGAUAACGCAGCCAAUGAGAGCCAUCCAUCACUGAAAGCUGUGUCCUGAUUGGUUGUUGAUUUCAGAGACGCUAACUGCAAGCAUUCUUGUCUUUUGCUUUUUAUUCAAUCGACUCUUAUCCAUUUGUGCAUAUUUUUUGUCGGCUGGCACAACAGUUUGGAAAUCAUUUCCCUUCAGACCCACCCAUAUGUGCGAUGUCGCAUUUUAGGUGUAAAAAGCGUAUCAGGUGGGCUUUACUACGUCACUUUUAAAUGUUCACUGCUGGCACGUCAGAGGAAACAGAAGGGAAACAUUAAGUUUUUAUUCUCACCCACCAGCAGAGAGUCAAUAUUUUUGUUGUUUUUACAUUUAUGUUGACAUUAGCCCACAACACUUGAGUGUCAGCAGUUAGCGCUGGCAUUAUAACGUAACAAAAGUAGCAUUAGCAUCAUUUAACGCAAACUGCUAAUGAAAACUCUCGCUAACACUGAACAAAGUGUUGACUGUAUUUGAAUUGCUGUGAUGUUGUUGAAGAUGGUGUUGCUUUUGUAAAAGCUGUCAGUAUCACAUGGAAUGAUAUAUAUAUAUAUAUACACGAAAAAACGUUUAUAUAGAAAUAAAGUGUUUGCAAUUUGCAGAACAA